AUGAUUACCAUUAAUCAUCCAACAAGAGAACAAUUUGAACUGCUUCCUAAGAAUGCUAAAUGUUUAUGUUCUCGUAUUUCUUUUUCUUAUGGCAAAUUUACUUCACUUCAAGCAAGUUUUCAUCAAGUUUGUUCGAGUGAUUUUGUUACUGAUCAAUGGUUGAAAGCGAUCAGUUCCGGUGUAGACUCCACUUAUUUCUACUUUACAGACUUUCGAACAUAUGGUAGUGCUCAAUUUCAAGCACUUGCUGCUUUUUGUCGUUUGUCCAAAGCUAAUAUAGAUCAGAGUAUUACCUAUUUCUAUCAAAGUACAUUAUUAAGUCCACAAGUACUAUCUGAAAAUGUUUUUCAAUCACAAAUUCGAGAAUCAAUUAAUCAAUUUCAAAUAACAGCACCAAAUACUUUUAAAUCUCAAUUAAGGCUAAUAAAUGAAAUAACUAUUCAUAAUCUAUUAAUGUCUGGAUUACCGACAAACUUUUUUUAUUAUCAACACUAUAGUUAUUCUAGCGGUAUAGGUUAUUGGCUAUAUUCCUUAGGGUAUACACAAAGUGAUGGUUCAGAAUGUUUUUGUCGCACUGACUUCUGCGGAAAGAUUCCUUCACGUAUUGUCGAUAUAUUCGGAGCAUCGGAUUCAACAGUUCUAGGCAAUAUUCAAUGGUCUAUAUUGGGAAUGUCAGCGGGUUGUCUUCCAGUGACCUCGAUGCUCGUCUCUACACUCGAAUGUUUCUACAUUCAGACAUGUGUAGACAAACUCAUUUCAUAUUUCUUAACAAUUGAGAGUUUUACAACAAUGAUCUAUAACAAUCAAAGUCUUUACAAUCAAAAUUCUACAAUUGAAUCAAUAGUUGAUAAUUUAAUGGUUGAAGAUUGGAUGAUAAAUAUUUCAUAUGACAAGUAUUAUUCCGAAUGUGCUCCGUCAUCAUGUACUUAUAUCAAUGUCUUUCGACAUGAUUUUCAUCAUCCAAGUACCGAUCGACAAAUACGUUUUCAACGUUAUGGCACUCGACUUUACAUAUUUUUACUUUUCAGUUCACUUGCAGUUUUAAUUAAUUAUAGUUUUCUGAAAAGUUCAAUUCAAUCAAAAACUAUUCUCCAUCCAACUUCAUCUCAAUUUAUACAACUUCAACAAAAUUAUCCACAGACUCUUUCAUGUCCAUGCACUACAGUUUCUAUGAAUUAUUCUACUUUUGCUGCCAUUCGACCUCAUUACCAUCAAUUAUGUUCAAGUGAUUUGAUUUCUGACAAAUGGAUUGAAUAUAUUCUGCCAAGCUUAUCUGAUAUUCCUUACUACGUUAACGAUUAUAGAGUCACAGGUUAUAGUCAAUUUCAAUUACUUUCUAUGUUUUGUCAACAAGCACAACAAGCCAUUGAGGAUGCUCUUCAUGUGUUUCUUCAAACAACAUUUAUUAGUUCUCAAGUUCUUACUCAACAAUCAUUUCGAGUUCAAAUCAAUUCAGUUAUCGAGACUUGGAAAUUAACAACUGUCAACACAUUUAUCCGAACUAUUGAAUUAUUUCGUGCAACUAUGCAAGGAAAUCAACUGGCUAGUGAUGUUGCAAAUAUCAAGCUUACUACAAAUUCUAUAUCAGGAAAAUUAACAUGGUACGCAAGAAUAUAUUCUAAUUGUCUUUGUGCUCUAUCUGCAACAUGCCAUCAAACAAUUGGUAUUUACGAUUAUAAUUCAUUCUCGGAAACAUUUACGAUACGCUGUUCAAUUCCUAACUUCUUUAUUGGUUGUAAUCCUACUGAAGCUUUACUUUUAUCAUCAUUAGAAUGCUUCUAUAAUCUUUCAUGUAUGUUGGAAAUUGAUCAUUAUAUAAAUUCUUCAGAAUCUUUCAAUUUUUCUGCUCUCAAUCCAGAUCUUAAUCCACCAAAUGAAACUGUGGAAAGCAUUGUUAAUCGGUUGAUGGUUGAUACAUGGUCGUCUAAUAUUUCGUUUCCUUCAUAUUAUAAUCAAUGUGCACCAUUAUCAUGUACAUUUCAAUAUGAGGAUCGUGAUAAUCUCUUUCUUAUCAUUACUAGUAUCAUCGGCAUAUUUGGUGGAUUAUCACUUGGAUUAAAACUCGUCAUUAUUAUUAUACUUCAAUUUAUCGAUAAAAUAUUAACCAAUGGUAUUGCAAAUUUGAAUCUAUUACGAUCUAUUAAAUCAAUAUUUAGUUGUACUACAGAACAUCAACUUAUCCAUCGAUUACAUUUUAUAUUAGUUGUGGUAACUCUUUCAAUUAUUUAUAUAUUUUCUGCUUUUAGUUCUCGUAGCAUAACUAUUGAAAUUGAAAAACCAUCGUUAUCAACUUUUACAGAUUUAGAAACACGAUUCGAUGAUUCUUUACAAUGUUCUUGUUCACAGAUAUCAAUCAAAUACGAAUCGUUUCUUAAUGUCACAUCUCGUUUUCAUUCAAUAUGUUCAAGUGAUUUUGUUUCCAAUCAUUGGAUUAAAUAUCUAUAUGGUGGUAUUCCUCCUAUUGAUCUAUAUUCUCCGAAUGAUUUCAUGUACUCAGCUGAAGCACAGUUUCAAAUACUUGCUUCAUUUUGCCAAUUAUCUCAAAAAAUAGUGGCCGAUGCGCUUAUUCAACUUGGUGUCAGUGAUUUUAUCAAUACACAACUUUUAACUUCAAGUUCAUUAAACGAUCGUAUUCAAACAAAAAUCAAUGAAUUUCAAUUAACAAUGCCACAAUUAUUUGUCGCGAGUCUUUCAUUGAUUCGCGAAACGACUGGAGCAAAUAUGUUAAUGAGUAUAUUAUCUACCAAUUGGAUAUUUGCUGUUUCACGUAAUACGGCUGGUACUGGAAUGAUGCAUAAUAUACCAUUAAAAUUUGAAGGAUGUAGCUGUGCAUUAUCAUCUAAAUGUGUAUCAUCAUCUCGAGGUAUGUUAUCUGGUUGUUAUCCGUUGGAGUCUAUUUUACAAUCGACAUUAACCUGUCUCAGUGAUCAAACAUGUAUUGAUCCGACGAAGACUUUCAAAGCAUUAAACAGUUCUUCAUCAAUAUCAAGUCGUUUUCCUCUGAAUACAACUAUUGAAUCGAUUGUGAAUGAAUUAAUGGUUGAAGAAUUGUUAAGUAAUACGUCGUAUGAAGCUUAUUAUAAAGAAUGUGCACCAUUAUCAUGUACUUAUUCUUAUGUUGACAAUAGGCAUGUGAUUGAUGGUAUAACAUUUUUAAUUAGUUUAUAUGGUGGUUUGGUAAUUAUUUAUCGGAUAUUGGCUAUUCUUAUAGUCAAACAAUAUUUAUGUAUGACAAAAAGAGUCACUCCAACAGAAACAGACUAA